AUGCAGACCAUGAUCCCGAUUACAAUAUCUAGAGUCAACCAGUUUGAUGCUGCGAGGCUUGAUGUUGAGAUGUCCGCCAUGUUGAAAGAGCAGUUAGUCAAAGUAUUCUCUUUGAUGAAGCCAGGACUCUUAUUUCAGUACGAGCCUGAACUCGAUGCGUUCCUCGAGUUCCUCAUCUGGAGGUUCUCAAUUUGGGUAGACAAGCCAACCCCAGGGAAUGCACUCAUGAACUUGAGGUAUAGAGAUGAACGGGCAGCACCCAUCGCAGGAAAAGAGGUCAGAACAGGUUUGGAAGGACCUGGACUUUCAGUUUCUCAAAAGAUCUUGUACUGUAUUAGCACUGUUGGUGGCCAAUACUUACUGUCCCGAUUGCAAUCUUUUUCUGCUUUCCGUCGAUGGGGUGAUUCUGAACAGAGACCACUAGCACGUCGUGCUUGGGGCUUGGUGCAGCAUGCUGAAGGACUAUACAGAGCUGUUUCAUUCUUUAAUCUGUUGUCAUUUCUUUAUGGUGGAAGGUAUAAAACUCUUGUGGAAAGGAUUCUGAAAGCAAGACUUGUGUAUGGGAGCCCCAAUAUGAACAGAGCCGUAAGCUUUGAGUACAUGAAUCGGCAGCUGGUCUGGAAUGAGUUUUCGGAAAUGUUGCUUUUGCUUCUCCCCCUCUUAAAUUCAUCCUCAGUAAAGAAGUUCCUCCUUCCUUUCUCAAAGGAUAAAUCAGCAAGUUCUUCUGGUGAUGAAGCAAACUGUCCUAUAUGUGUCUCUAGUCCUAGCAUUCCCUUUGUAGCUCUCCCAUGUCAACACAGGUAUUGUUAUUAUUGCCUACGAACACGGUCUGCAGCUACAAGUUCUUACAGAUGUGCACGCUGUAAUGAGGUUGUCGUUGCGAUUCAACGACAUGGAUCGAGUUAG